UGCAUUUUUCGGUCGGGUUUCAGCGCCGGUCAGCUAGGCCAUGGUUCUGGGCUAGCCAUCUACCCAGCGAUGGUAGAUUUCACCCAUGCAUGGGUAAGUAAUCCCGGGAUUCCAGAAUCAUGCCACCCAGCGAUGGGAAGAUCUUCCCAUCGAUGGGUAAGCAGUCCCUCAACGAAACAGAUUUGCAGUACCAUGCCAAACAGCGAUGGGAAGUUCUACCCAUCGCUGUUAAAGCCUUGGUGCAACAUUACCACAAGGCAGAAUGCCCUUACCCAGCGAUGGGAAGCUUUACCCAUCGAUGGGAACCCAGCGAUGGGAAUGUUUAACCAUUGAUGCUUUCUAGAGCCAAUUUGUGAAGUUUGAGUUGUUCUUGAGCGUAUAUAGUUUACUCAACAUCUACUCUUAAAGAGAGUCUUGUUCUUGAGUGCUCUUAGUGUUGUAAACACGUUUAGGGAAGCUUGUUUCCCUUGAUUGUAUGAAGGAAAGGUAUUUUUCCUUCGGGUUGAAGUCUUGGAGUGCGGUAUCUCCGAGCAAGUGUUGUUGAGGCUCGUGGGACUCGAGUUCUCAGGUUGUAACGGUUUGUUAAGCACCCGUAAGCUUAACGGAAGUAGUGUAGCUCGAGAGAGUCUCUCGGGAGGCUGGAUUAG